AUUUAGCUUUAGGCCUAGUCACUCAGACCUGAAGUCAACAACUAUUAUUAAAUCAAUUUAAAAUACGGCCUGAACUUAAGUUGAAUUCAACACAUUUUCGAUUGCUUUUUUUUGCCUUUGGCUACGAUUCAUUAGUUUAAAAUUUGCAGUAGAUCAACACAUACUGAAUAUUUAUUUUUAAAUUUUAUACUCUGCUCAUAGAUGUAGUACACUUUGUUUGUAGGCUAGAUUCUACUUCAUCCUCAUAGUCAUAAGCUGGUUGGGCCAAGAAUCUCUCUAAAAUAUUACAUAAUUAAUAAUAGAACGCAUAUUAAUUUGCCCUACCUAUAGUGAAAUAAAAGGGGUUAGACCUUACACGCUAAGUGCAAAAUGGCUCUGUGUCGAACAGGAUAUGUCUGCCACAAUGUCCUUAAUAAUCUGUCAUUAGUAUCAGUUUCAUCAUUUGGAUUUAGUAGAUGUCAUUACUCCAACCAGCAGAGCAGUUCAACCUACAUUAUCUCUGAGCCAAAGUUUGGUCAUAAUCCUGCCUUGUUGAAAAUCCCCUUGCAGGAAAGCAAUGUCUAUACUACAAAUACUUUUGUUUUAAAAAAUAAGAAGGUUCAGCCUCUAAAGCAAGCUCUACAGCUUUUACCCUCUGAGGGUGUAGCCCAAAAAGCAGUAGCAGUGGAUCAUGACAAGGAGUACAGAUGUCCGUCUAGACUGUUGGGACAUUUGACCCAACUAGUGAUCCUUGACAAAAUCUCUGCUGUCAAAUCUUUCUAUGAUUGCCCGGUGGCAAAUAACAUUAUAGAUGCUGUUGAAGCUCCAACUAUUAAAAAAUCUGAAAUGAUUGAAGAACCAGGUAGAAGCUCUCCAGCUAAAGAAGCAAAAAUUAUAAGUAUCAUGAGGAUUCGCCAUAAAAAGAUGAAGAAGCACAAAUUGAAAAAACUAAGGCAUAGGAUGUACUUCGUGUGGUCAAGACAGAGACGAGCCAAGAACGCUAAAAAGAUGAAGGCAUACCGCAAGGAACUUGAACGAAUCAAGAUGUCUGGUGAAACCUUUGAUGCAAUGGAUUUUGUACAAAAGCAGUUGACAAAAGCUAGAAAAGGUGGAUACUCUAUCAAUGUGUUUGAAUCUACACAAUAAAAUUACUUAUUGCCAGUCAUUUGUUGUAUGCUUGAUUGUGAUAAUAGGGUAAGAUUAUUGUGCUGAAUAUGAUUAAUUUAAAUGCCUAUAUGUGCUUGCAGCAGCUACAAUUAUUAAAGAGG